AGAGCUUACAAAUAAUAUAGCAAAUAUUUCUACAAAAUAAACGAAAAUUUAUCCUAAUUCAAAAAAUUGAAGAAAAAUGCCGAAGGUAGUUUCUAGAAGUAUUGUUUGUUCUGAUACCAAAGAUCAGGAAGAAUACAAUGAAACGAAGCCACUUCACAUCUAUUAUUGUGUUUGUGGACAAAUGUCUUUGAUUUUGGAUUGUACAAUAAACAAAUUACCUUUGAGGCCUACAGACGGUGCAAGAGUGAUCGAUGGAUCAAAACACGCGCACAAAAUCACUUCAGAUCCCGACGAAACAGUUUACUUGAAACGUGAAAAAGGUAUAGAAAGACAGUACAGGUUAAAGUGUAAAAAAUGUACCAUUCCCCUCUAUUACAAGCACAAAGAAGACACAAACGUCGUUUUUAUAAUGAACGACGCGUUAGUUUCCUCGCCUGGCGAAGGAAAUGUAACUGAUAUUUACAAGCAAGUGGCAUUGGUACAGCCUAAGAAGAUUAUGGUCACUAAACACACUAAAAACAUGGGCAAAUUCAGUUCUGUCACCGUGUCCACUAUAGAUGAGGAGGAGGAUGAGAUUGAGGCACGAGAAGUGGCAGACAGCUACGCUAACAAUGCUAGAAUUAUUGAGAAACAGUUGGAACGAAAAGGCAUGAAUAAGAGACAAGCGGAAAUGCCCCAGGGAUCAUCAGAGAAACGGCCAAGAGGGACACUUAUCGAUAAAUAGUGUGUAUUUGUUCUUGUUAAAUUUCAUAAAA